UGUAUAAAGCCAACCUUCCCAUUCCUGUACCUAGGAGUUUUCUUUUAGUUCAUUCUUACUUGACCUUACAAGUGAACAGUCUUUUUCUCUACAAUGAGCGAUAAAAGUUUGGAACAAAUUUUACUUCUUUUAGAUGAAUGGGGGAAGAUAAAAACUGAUAUUGAAAAUGAGGAACAAAAGUUAUGGAAUGAAAUUAAGGAAGGAGUGAAUUUUUUUGGAAAAAUGUCCAAGUCUGGUAAAAGUAAAAAAAACAUGAAAAUACCAGAAUUUUCUUUUAUGCCAAAAACUUGCACAAAAGAGGAUAACUCAUUAAUAUCUACCCAAAAAACUUCUAUGCCCACUAAUCCAAAACGAAAAGCGAAAGAGGAAAACUUACAACAACAGACUUACACUGUGGAUUAUAAAAAUGCAUUAAAGAAGUGGGAUGUUGAUGAGCCGAUGAGCAGUACACAAUAUUUUGGACUAGAUAUCUUAGGAUCAAACUUCAAAAUUUCUAAAAAUAAAAACGACAUUGCAGAAGAAAGCGCGAAGUGCAAGAAAGAAGAUUAUAAUAUUGAAGAAGAUGAGACUAUAAAAGCAUCUGACAGUUUGACCGUCACAUCUUUCAAAAGAACUUCACAAAGCCUUACUAGUAUUAAUGAAGUCCCCAACAAAAAAAGUAAAAAAGACUUAAGUUUGUCUUCAGACCAAAUGAACAUCAUUGGUCAGAACAUUGAAGAUCCUUUAAAAUCACUUCAGCCACAGGAACAAAAUGUACCGUCAUCUUCUUAUAUUGACAUUCGAAGAUCUCAACGAACUAUGGCACAAAAAAAGGAAAGGUCUGUCUUAGCGACUCCAAUCAACCCCACAAAACAAAAAAUUAAGAAAAUUAAUCAACUUCAACCAUCCAUUAAACCAGGAAUCAGCACGGGAAUUAAAAAAAAGCUUACUCCAGUAAAUCAUAAAGAUCCCAUAAGUGCCAUUCCAGUGAAAUCAGGGAUUAAAAAACCCCGACUCUUGCAAAAAAAUAAAGAACAAGCUUCCAAAUUUAAACAACGGCAAAAAAUGGAAGAAAAUUUGAGGAAACAAGAAUUAGCAUCCAAGUCUGAGGAAAAAAAGUUGGAAAAUGUGGAUGUUGAUAACUAUGGAAUUCUUGAUUUUGAAGAGGGCGAUAUUACAACUGAGAAGAUACCAACAUGGGCGAAAAGGGAGAAUCUGUUAUCUGACAUAAAAUAUCAACAAGCAAUAUCCCAAGGGGAGUUGACUCAAUAUUUUGCUAUGCCGAGCAAAACACCCAACCUCAGAAACAUGUUUGGCAAGCAUACCACAGAAAGGGUGCGAACUUCAAGUGCUGUUUGGCCAUCUCCAGGAUAAUUUGUUUUCUAUUAUAUUGUUUUAUGAUUAUUCAGAGUUCGUGAGAUGCGGUCUG